CUCAACCUGCGCCUCAAAGACGAGUUGCUUCAACAGCAGCUCUACUUCUCAGCGCUGCAGCAGAAGCUCACAGAGGCGCCGUUAUGGUCGCGUUCUGCAUUGUGCCAAGAGCUGUUUGACCGUAUGCACGGCUAUCUGCACCUGGUCGGGUCUGACACGGACCGGCGCAAGGAACAACUCCAAGCACGCUUCGAACUGGGCAUACGACUUGCUCCAGAGCUCGUGGAGAACUUCACGCGCGAGUUUGUACCACUCACGUCGCCGGUACUGCCGUUUUCGCGGACCAGCACAGCAGCAACCACCAUCGCCGCACCACUGAGUGCUCCAAGUGGGAACGACAGGGAUAAAGACGGCAGUAUCUGCGGCACACUCGUGUCCAAUAUCUUCGUGUGCAAAGUGCCAGCCAGUGCCUACAUCCCGCGGAUCUUCCAGACUUUGGUGGACAAUCUCAAGAAUACCUCGAUCGAGCUCGAACGCCGUCUCGGCGUCCUGCUUGAAGUCAAGCACGAGGUGGAAAUGGGGGCGUCUACCUACUACGCGCGUGUCGAGCGUCAAGACGGCGAGAUGCGCGGCGCGCACACGAACCGGGCGUGGACCGGCAAGCUGAUUAGUGACGACUUGGCCGUCAUUGUGACGGACUUUGUAGAUGAAGACGACGACGAAGCAAGUGACGCGGCAAGAAAAGCAGUGCAGGACGUGCAAGUCGGCAGUGAUGGUGUGCCAUUGGUGCCGGCCUCGUCAACGUCGGGCCUUCGUAUCGACAUUUGCUCGGUGCUCACUAUUGCGCGAGUGAAGGACCCGGAAACGCAGCAGCCGAUCGUGUUGAUGCGUCGACUGCGCGUGCAUCGCUACAAUCUACCGCCCAACUCGCCUGUGAUCCACCGGGAGCUCAACAAGCUACUGUCGUAUUUUAAUGGAGACUUCCACAUGGCGAUGCUCAGUGACGCGUAUAUGAACAUGAGCAACGACGGGAGUGAGUGCGGUCGAUCAGAGUCUGAGAGCAAGACGAGGAUCAAAGAGGAAGUCGAAGACACCGAGUCGGACGAAGAUCGGAUCACGAAAAAGAGGAAAACCAGUUCAAUCAAGGAGGGCGUCAGUGCAAGUGACUCGAGCGAGAUCUAAGCUCGUCCUUGUUUUAUUUUUUUUGUAAGGUCGAAUAAAUUGCCCGCAGGUAGGCACAUACCAAACAAUUUACGUAGUGGCAAAUAGACAAAAUAAUUUAUCGAGU